UGAACCAUUUGAAAAUCACUUGUUUUAGCUCUACAGACAGCGGAUUGCUAAGAACCACAGAGGUCUUCAGUUUCUUUUUCUGAUCACCAUCUUCACAACACCAUUUUCUACAUAUACAGAUAUCAAUCGUCUAAUGAUAGACAAGCCCCAAUAAACAUUUACUACUCCCUAGCCUAAAAUCGCAUAUGGCAUUAGAUUUGGCAACGUCGAAUCUGUACCUCAUUUCAAGGACGCGGUCCGCGGUACCAUUUGUUUUGUUGUUCGGCGCUUCACGAGAAGAAAAAACGAACAAAAGACAAGAUAAACCGACUUGGAUGGCUUGACGUUUCCAGCAUCUAGCAGGGGGUCGAGUGUAGCUGAGAGGGUUGUCGGGGGCACUACCGGGGUACUUAAAAUACAAGAAAACAUCUACGGUUCGAGGGCCAACAGGUGGUGAUACAGUUUCAAAAAGGCAUUUGGAAGUGUUCAGAAAGACGGCAUUAGAUAAGCCUGAAUCAAAAUGUCUGACAUUUUGUCUCCAGAAGACCAACAUUAUCUCCUCAACAAUCUUGGGCCAAUAAAUGUAGAUGAAGUUGCUGGCAACUUCAACUACAACUUAUUUCCCGAAGAAGUGGAACAGGAAAAUGACUUCCUUAUUAUUGAAGACUAUAAAUGUGAGAUAGAUAAAACUAUAACUCCAGCCCCAGUGACAGAAAAUGUGUUAACUAAUGAAGAAUACACUGGUCCUUAUAAUUUUGAGGUCUUGAUUGAUCCAUAUGGAUCAAAAAAUGCUUGGGUGUAUUCUGUUCCUCUAAACAAAGUUUACAUGAAUAUGAAGAUACCGUUUCCUGUGGACUUCAGAGUUCAUGAUCGGCCAGACUUUCCACUGUAUAUCAGGACAACCCCGGUAUAUAGUGCCCCUCAGUUUGCCCAUGAGAAUGUAUACAGAUGCAUCAACCAUGAAUUUGCCCCAGAAGAUGUUCAAAAUCAUGUCCGCCAUCACAUUAUCCGCUGCAACAACCGUCUGGCCGAAUACGAAGGGGAAAAAAGCAGGAAUGAACGCUUAAGUGUUGUCAUCCCGUUUGCCAUGCCGCAAACGGGUACUGAGAACGUUAGAGAGAUGUUUGAGUUCGUUUGCAAGAACUCAUGCCCUGUACCGGGUAUGAAUCGCAGAUCGAUAGAAGUUAUAUUCACUCUGGAAGAUAUGUCGAGGAAGAUAUAUGGUCGUAAAGUAUUAAACGUACGGGUUUGUUCCUGUCCAAAACGAGACAAGGAAAAGGACGAGAAAGAGUGUUUUUCUGGCAACCUAAAUCCUCCCCAAGGUAAAAAGAGGAAAAUGGAAAAACAAGAUAAAAAGGUUCUCAUGUCUAGUGAUCACCACGAGUUGAAAGAGUAUUCAGUUACAAUUCCAGUAGUAGGCAAGCAGAAUGCACAGCAGUUAGUGAAGUAUGCUCACGAUCUAAUGGCUGGCGAAGUUGUGAAAAGAUUGAACACUGGAAAUGUUGUGCCAUUCAGGAAGUGUUUGUCUAAAAUAAACACUGUCAACAUAAGAGAAUCGCAGAACUAAGCUCUGAGAAGUCGCUCAAGUUCUCAGUGAUACAAUUCGAGUGCCUUUGGAAUGUCCACAACAAUUUUGAAUGAAAUUUUAGUAUUCAUCACCUGGAGUUAUUUUUUGAAUGCUAAAAUUCUCCCGUUGGUGCUGUACAUCAUCAGUUGAACGUAUUUUUAGGGUGCUGUUUUUUCCAGUAGGAAUGACAUUUUUUAUCAGACUUAUAUUUUUUGCAAUUCCAUAUACUAUUCCAUUUUUUAUAUUUACCUCUAUUUUGUGUUAGGUUUACGAUCUUUAUGGAAACAUACAAAAGCUCAAUAAUUGUCCUUGUGCAAUUUCAAUAAGUGUUCCAUAAAGUGUUUAGAUUUAAGUAUUUUUAUACCUUAUUUUUGUAUUUUGCAGUCUUUUUGGCGUUUAUAAUCAUAUUGUUCAAUAUACGUUUUUCAUAAA